AGGCGAUCAACCCCAUUACCAUAGCUUUUUUGAAGGGAAUUCAUUUCGCCCAAUUCAGUUAUCGAGAAGUUCAUUGCUUAGGAAAGCCGCAUCUUUUAACAUCCCCUUUCUUUUAGAAAAGCCGCGUCUUUUAUUCUCCUCAUCCAUGAUUUCUACAUCAGCCGAUGCUUCGAGCCCUAAACUCCACUUUUCCUUCUACUUCCUUCACGAAACUCUUCGUCUCCCGCUCUACUCUUCUCUUCCUUUUUCACUCGUCGUUCUCUUCCAAAUCGAAGAAGAUGGAGGGACGUAGAAAACCAUAUACGAUCCGGAGCAAUAUAGACUCCGGCCCCGACCCUCGAUCGGCCUCUCUUAGCAAUUCAUCAUUGAACAGCAUGGCUGGGCAGUCAGCGAGUCCCCAUCCGAGAAGCAGAUCUCCACAACCACUAGAAAGUCAACGAGAACAAAUUUCUCCUAAAAAAACUAUUAGCGUCGGCCCGAAAAGUGGUCGUGGAAGUGAACCCGAGGAAGGCCCUUUUGAUAUUUGUCGGCCCGCAAUUGGAGGCCCCAUCGGAUUAAAGAAAUCUCAUCUUAUUUUAAACACAGAGAAAAGAAAGGAAAUUGAACCAGUAGAAAGUCGACGAAAACAAAUUUCUCCUAAAAAAACUAUUAGUGUUGGUCGGAAAGGUGGUCGUGGAAGUGAACCUGAGGAAGGCCCUUUUGAUAUUUGUCAACCCGCAAUUGGAGGCCCCAUCGGAUUAAAGAAAUCUCUUCUUGUUUUAAAUAGAGAGAAAAGAAAGGAACUUAAACGUGUCAAAACGAUACAAUAUGUAAGGCCUGGAAUGGUCUUGUUGAAGAAUUUUAUAUGCCAGAUGGAUCAGGAAAAAAUUGUGAACAAAUGCAGCGAGCUCGGUAGAGGUGUGGGAGGUUUUUAUACGCCAGGAUACAGGGAUGGGGCAAAGCUACAUCUGCGUAUGAUGUGCCUCGGCCAGGAUUGGGAUCCUGAAUCAAGAUCUUAUGGUAAAUCCCGUUCGGUAGAUGGUGCUGUGCCACCGGAAAUCCCGCAGGAACUGAGAAAACUUGUGGAUGAAGCAUUGAAUGCUUCUCAUGAAUUUUUAAGGGAAAAAGGAAAAAAUGUGGAAGAAAUUCCAAAAAUGUCACCAGAUAUAUGUAUAGUCAAUUUCUACAGCAGUAGUGGCAAACUUGGUCUACACCAGGACAGAGAUGAGGGUGAAGAAAGCCUUAGAAAGGGCUUACCUGUUGUUUCUUUCUCCAUUGGAGACUCUGCUGCGUUCCUCUACUCUGACGAAAGGGGUGUGGAGAAAGCUGAGAUGGUGAUGCUUGAAUCUGGUGAUGUUCUUAUUUUUGGCGGCUCAUCGAGGCAUAUCUUCCAUGGAGUUCAAUCCAUUCAACCCAAUACAGCACCUGAGAUCCUCAUUGAGAAAACAAGGCUCCGUCCAGGUCGCCUAAAUCUUACUUUCAGGCAGUACUGAGAAAAAAAAACUGGAUCAGGAUAUCCGGAGAUAAUUUUAGUUCAGUUUGAGCUUGAAAAUCAUUGAAUUUGCUUCCAGAUAUCUUGAAUAAUACUAAUCUUAAAAGUAAUUCAAUGAUUUUUAUGUUCGGAUCAGAAUUAUUUGCGGAUAUCCUAAUAUAGGUUUUUCUCUUACUAAAGUAUCUCUUUUGAAAUGAGGUAUGGUUUUGUUCCCUUGAAGUAUUGCCUCUUAUUUAUGCAAAAGUUUGUCCUGUCGUGUCACUUUUUUUAUUGAAAGAUUUACAUGCAUACCACUCAAUUUUUAUG